UCAUUCCUCCCUCCCUGUGUUCUUGAAAUGAAACUUCAAAUCCACAAGCCAAGAUCGAUUCAUUUGUUUCUGUGAAAGUCUCGAGAAGUUUUAUUUCUCUCCCUGAAGAUUUUCUCGGAUCAGAUCGUAAAUCACAUUCACCUGGAACAAGGCAUCUAGAUGGAUUUGGCGCCAGAAGAGCUCCAAUUCUUGAGCAUUACGGAUAUUCUCAGAGAAUCGAUUUCAAUCCCCAAGCGAUCUCCCAAAACCUUCUAUCUCAUCACCGUUGCCCUAAUUUUUCCUCUUUCUUUUGCAAUCUUAGCUCAUUCCCUCUUCACGCACCCCAUCCUUGCUAAGCUCGAUUCCCCGUAUGAUGAUCCAUCUCAGACCUCUCAUGAAUGGACCCUCCUUCUCAUUUAUCAGUUCUGCUACAUCAUAUUUCUAUUUGCCUUCUCUCUUCUCUCCACAGCCGCUGUUGUUUUCACCGUGGCCUCGCUCUAUACCUCAAAGCCCGUUUCGUUCUCCUCUACAAUUUCUGCUAUACCGAAGGUUUUUAAACGCUUGUUCAUCACUUUUCUAUGGGUAUCGCUCUUGAUGUUCCUCUACAAUUUCAUCUUUGUUCUUUCCCUUGUCUUGAUGAUUAUAGCAAUCGAUGCCCAGAACUCCUUUUUGCUUUUCUGCGCUUUGAUUGUGAUCCUCUUGCUUUUCAUGGUGGCUCAUGUGUACAUUACCGCUUGGUGGCAUUUGGCCAGCGUGGUGUCGGUGCUAGAACCGCUUUAUGGUUUCGGAGCAAUGAAGAAGAGUUACGAAUUGUUGAAAGGGAGGACCAAGUAUGCGGCGAUUCUUGUGUUUGUAUAUAUGAUCAGUUGUGGGGUAAUCGGAAGCUUCUUUAGUUCCAUUGUCGUGCACGGUGGAGAUGAUUAUUCGGUGUUCUCACGGAUUGUGGCCGGUGGGGUCUUAGUUGGCUUGUUGGUAAUUGUCAAUCUGGUUGGUUUGUUGGUGCAGAGCGUGUUCUACUAUGUUUGCAAAAGUUACCAUCAUCAAGGAAUCGAUAAAAGUGCUUUGCAUGAUCAUCUUGGUGGCUAUCUUGGAGAAUAUGUGCCUCUAAAAAGCAGCAUUCAAAUGGAAGAUUUGGCUGUGUAAUGCAUGGACUAUUUAAUCAUGCAGAGACUCUGCAGAUGGUUGAACUGAAUCUGCUUUAAAGCUGCAGUAUGAAACUUUGCUUGGAUUGAAGCCCUACCUUGAUAACUCCCUUUCCCGGGUUUUUCGGUUGAGGAACCUCGUCGACUCUGUGGCCAGUUCAGUCGUCAAUGAUGCCGUGACUUUUUGUUGUCAAAAUCUGCUCAUGUUAUAUUGUUAUAUUCUUUUUUUUUUUUGGCCAAAUGCUCAUGUUAUAUUCAAUCUGUUUUUUUUAUUAAAUAUGUGGAGAUGCUAGUUUGCAUGUAAAUUCAAAAUUCUUUUGUCCAAAAAAAAU